AAUGAUAAUCAGCUAGAUGAAAUAGAUGGGUUUUCAUUUAAUAAUAGUAAAAAUAUUGAACCAGAAAUAGAAAACAAUAUAAUAGAUGAAAUAACAAAUAGGUUAGAAUUUAGUUAUAGUGAAGAAAUAAAUAAUGAAGAUAAUAAAAUGAACUAUGAAAUAGAUAAAGAUGUUGAAGUAGAUAAAAUAGAAGAAACAAACAGACUAAAAAUUAGUUAUAGUAAAGAAAUAAACAAUAAAACUAAUGAAAUAGAUGAAGCAAAUAAUGAUGAUAUUAAGAUAGAUGAAAUAAAUAAUAAAGAUGCUAUAGAUGAGAUAGGUGAACCAGAGGUUAAGUUACCAUUAGUUUUUAAGUCCCUUAAUGUUGAGUCAGCAAAUAGUGAGGAUAUGCCAAAUUUUCCAAGUAAAGAAUUCACAUAUAAUAAUAUUAUUUUACUUACCUCAAUACAACAAGGGAAACAGUGUUUAGACAAAAUUAUGGUGCAACAUAUUUCUUUUAAGAAAGUACCUAUAGUAGAAUAUGAAG